AUGAACUCACUAUUCAGUUCAACAAUCAAGCUUUCAGAUCCUGCAAAGGAAUUACACGAGAAGAUGUGCGCACAAGAAGCUGGUAGGUUGUUUUCACAACAAGAGCUUACUGCCAUUCUAGAUAAUUGUACGCUUAGUGUGCUAAUGCAAUAUGUACAAGAACUUUUGGACAAAAAUCUGCUAAAGCUUGUAAAACAGAAUAAAGAACUUAAAUUUCAAGCAGUAGAUGCUGCUGAGGCAGAAAAAAAGAGUGGUAUGAGCUCUGACGAAGCUCUUGUCUAUUCUUAUAUUGAAGCUAGUGGAAGGGAAGGUAUAUGGACAAAAACAAUAAAGGCUAAGACAAACUUACAUCAACAUGUUGUUCUAAAGUGCUUAAAAUCAUUGGAGUCCCAAAGAUAUGUCAAAAGUGUCAAAAGUGUAAAAUAUCCUACUAGAAAAAUAUACAUGUUAUACAACUUACAGCCAUCUAUCGAAGUUACAGGUGGACCCUGGUUCACAGAUAGUGAAUUGGAUGUAGAGUUCAUCAAUAGUUUACUAACUAUUGUUUGGAGGUUUACUGCGGAAAGAACCUAUCCAAACGGAUUUAACAAUUUCUCAAACGAACAGGGAAAGGAAGUCUUGUAUGCAAGCAACGUUAAGAGCUAUACAACUAUCGAAGAAAUUCUCGAAUUUAUCAGUGAGUCGGGAAUUUCCACCGAACAGCUUACGAAGCCAGAUAUCAGAUCGUUAUGCGAAGUUCUUGUGUAUGAUGAUAAAUUGGAAAAAGUGGCGCUCGACUGCUUCAGAGUCACAUUACCUAGUGUACUACAAAUGACACAACCAGUUGGAGGGCAACAAACAUCGAAAAAAGAGGAGUAUUCCAUAUUUAAUUACAAUAACGCAAUUGCUGCUUCUAGUACGGACAAGGAUGUUUUAUACUUUGACGAGUGGACUUUAUAA